AUGGGUGGCCUGAAGUUUGGGGUGGGUAGAGGACCUUUUGGGCAAGAGUCCAGACCUUCAGACCCAGCCACCAGUGCUCUGGGCCACCUGAUAGGCUUCAGUAGCCAUGCCAGAAAUCCCCCACCAAGGCCAGCCAGAGCCAGGCCAAGGUCAGGCCUCCUUCUCUUCCCAGAACCACAGCUGCUGCUGGGCCUCUGGCCUCCUGGGAAAUCCAGCAGGAGGGAAGAACUGAGGUCAUGCAGUGGGAAUGAGAUCACCCUGUCGGCUCCAUCCUGCAGCCCCCAACCUCAGCUGAUUCUGGUUCUCCCAUUCCCCUUCCCAAAUUCUUUGCUGGAAUAGGUUGCCAGUGGAUCGCAAAAUGGCUCGGUAACCACUAGGGGGUGCCCUAUGGCGACAGCAUGGGCUGUGGAGAGGUGGAGGCUGGUCUCUGUUCCUGGAAUGGGCCAGGAGGGAGGAGGAGGAGCAAGCGGAAGGGGGAAGGUGUGUCACUGGCCGACGGGCCCAGGCAACAGCGACGAGACAGCCCUUCCAGUGACCAGUUUGGGCACCGUGGCGCAGUGGCUGCAGCCCAGCAUGGCAGGCACUGCACAGGCCCAGAAGCAGGUGUACCUGGUCACAGGUGGCUGUGGCUUCCUGGGGGAGCAUGUGGUACGGAUGCUGCUGCAGCAGCAGGAGCCCCGCCUCCGUGAGCUACGGGUCUUUGACCUACAUCUGAGUCCCUGGCUGGAGGAGCUGAAGACAGGGCCUGUGCAGGUGACUGCCAUCCAAGGGGAUGUGACCCAGGCCCAUGAAGUGGCAGCAGCUGUGGCUGGAGCCCAUGUGGUCAUCCACACAGCUGGGUUGGUGGACGUGUUUGGGAGGUCCAGUCCCAAGACCAUCCACGAGGUCAACGUGCAAGGGACGAAGAACGUGAUUGAGGCUUGUGUGCAGACUGGAACACGGUUCUUGGUCUAUACAAGCAGCAUGGAAGUCGUAGGGCCCAACAUCAAGGGCCAUCCCUUUUACAGGGGCAACGAGGACACCCCGUAUGAAGCAGUACACUCGCAUCCCUAUCCUCGCAGCAAGGCCCUGGCGGAGCAGCUGGUCCUGGAGGCCAAUGGAAGGAAGGUUCGUGGGGGACUGCCCCUAGUGACAUGUGCCCUGCGCCCCACGGGCAUCUACGGUGAAGGUCACCAGAUCAUGAGGGAUUUCUACCGCCAGGGCCUGCGCCUGGGGUGUCGGCUCUUCCGGGCCAUCCCAGCCUCUGUGGAGCACGGUCGAGUCUAUGUGGGCAACGUGGCUUGGAUGCAUGUGCUGGUGGCCCAGGAGCUGGAGCAACGGGAGAAAUUAAUGGGCGGCCAGGUGUACUUCUGCUAUGACAAAUCACCCUACAAGAGCUAUGAGGACUUCAACAUGGAGUUCCUGGGCCCCUGCGGACUGCGGCUGGUGGGCACUCGCCCGCUGGUGCCUUACUGGCUGCUGGUGAUCCUGGCUGCCCUCAAUGCCCUGCUGCAGUGGCUGCUGAGGCCACUGCUGCUCUAUGCGCCCCUGCUCAACCCCUAUACACUGGCCAUGGCCAACACCACCUUCACCGUGAGUACCAACAAAGCUCAGCGCCAUUUUGGUUAUGAGCCCCUGUUCUCAUGGGAGGACAGCCGGAACCGUACCAUUCGCUGGGUGCAGGCCAUGGAGGGUUCACCCAGUGAUGGCGGGGCUGGAGCCUGGAGACCUAGCAUGGCCCAUCCGUCCAGGUCCUAG